AUGAAAAACGGAGAGAAAACCUCUGCGUUUCCUCUGAAUAGUUAUGAAGUGCAUCCAAGAACAAUACCUAGUCGUGCAUUCAUGUUAAUCUAUGUAUGUGGAAUCAUAGCUCUACUUUAUCAUCAUCUAACCAGUCUCAGAAUCCAUUCAGUAGAUUUAUUACCAUCAAUCCUUCUGUUAAUUGCUGAUUUAGUUCUAUCCUUCAUGUGGGUUGCAUGUCAAGCUUUUCGAUGGAGUCCAGUUCGUAGAAAAGUUUAUCCAGAGAAUCUGUCAAAAGUCGUAGAUGAAGAUGAUCUCCCAACUUUAGAUGUUUUUAUUUGUACUGCUGAUCCAUAUAAAGAACCUCCUAUGGAAGUCGUGAAUACUGCAUUGUCUGUCUUAGCAUUUGAUUACCCUUCAAAUAAGAUAUCUGUUUAUGUUUCUGAUGAUGGAGGAUCUCAAAUGACUCUUUUUGCAUUGAUUCAAGGAUCAAAGUUUGCCAUAGAAUGGUUACCAUUUUGUAAAAAGCAUAAUCUCAGUAAGAGAUGUCCUAAAGUGGUUUUCAACCAGCAUGAUUCUGAUGCUGAUCAGCUUAGAUCGUGUAUCCCUCAAGAGGAGUUUCUGAAUAUGAAGAUUUUAUACGAGGAAAUGAGAACAAAGGUAGAGCAUGUUAUGGGACAAGGCUGUGUAGACGAUGAUAUGCUCGUUAAUGAAGAAGAGCGUCAAGUAUUCAGUAAAUGGAUUUACUCGUCAAGAUCAUUCUACAAUCAUUCAGAUACUGCAUCGGCAAUAAUGACUAGCGCACCAAUUGUUCUUUGCAUUGACUGUGACAUGUACUGUAAUAAUCCUCAAGCUCCACGUCUAGCACUAUGCCAUCUACUAGACCCCGUCGAAGGCUCAAAAAUUGCUUUUGCUCAAUUUCCUCCACGCUUCAGAGGGAUUAAUCCAAGUGAUAUAUAUGAUAGUGAGUUCACAAGGCCGUAUAUAAUAAAUCCUGAAGGGUUAGACGGGAUUGGUGCUGUCAAUUGUGUUGGCAGCGGUCCCUUCGUUAACCGAAAAGCAUUUUAUGGUGCCCCAACUCAAUCGAAAGUAAACAUAUUCCCUGGAUUCAACGGUGAUCAUGAAGGUGCUUUGGAUAGAAGAAUAACAAUGAGUAGUUCAAAACUAAUUUUGGAAGCAGCUAGUAGAGUUGCAGACUGCAAUUAUGAACAAGGGACAAAUUGGGGAUUAACUGUCUCUGAUCCAUGGUUUUAUCUCUACGCAUACCUCUUUUUAGCAACAUAUAUUCAAGAUUUCAUAGAGGGUUAUUAUGUAUACGGUAUAAACCUCAAAAGCUGGUGGAACGAACAAAGAAUGUGGUUGAUGCGAGCAGCAUCGUCUUGCGUUUUUUCAUUUAUAGAACUCAUACUGUACCAAAUUGGUAUCAUGCCAGAUUUCAGCCUUACAAGCAAAGUCAUCGACGAUGAACAACAAAAAAGAUACAACCGAGAGAUAUUUGAUUUUGGAGUAGAUUCGCCAAUUUUCAUGAGCUUAUCAACAUUUCCAUUGGUCAAUUUAGUCUCAUUUAGUUUUGGGAUCAUGAAGAUAAUAUUUAUUGAUGGAAAAUUAGAAGAGAUGUUGGUUCGGUUGUUUCUAAGUGGAUUUCUGUUGGUGAAUUCCUGGCCUAUUUAUGAAGCUAUGGUGCGGAGAAAAGAUGGAGGAAGAAUGCCUGCGAAAGUAACUUUGCUAUCUGCUCUAAUCACAUUGGUUCUUUGUUAUGCGUCCGGAUUCGUUACGAAAUGA